AGGCUGGUUAACCGCUUUGUGUCGCCGCCACUGUACUUCUUUUGUGACCUGCACACACGCACACACUCGCACAGAGGCCCAUGCUGCUGACCAUCGUCGGCACGAAUGGUCCUCUCUUUGUCUUCCGAAAGUCGACCGAGACAGCCGACUUUUUAUCCUCCCACUACCCACAAUUCGCGAAGAGGUCACUGGGAUGGCAGCUAAGUGUUGAGGAGGUCUACUGUCUUCAGUCGCGGCAAGACAGUUGCGCAGAGGCGGGGCCAGGAAAGGCGCCUGACUUCGCCGUCUCCUUCGAAGCCGCUAGCGCGGUGGAGCAGUACACGGCGCUGCGGAAGGCGUACGCGUCGGAUUGCUUCAUUUACAGCGAGCUGACGCUUCGCCACGGGUACAAGCUCCGUCACGGUAGUUCGUUUGGGGCGAGCUACAUUGGCUAUCGAGACCUCAACGAACACGGAGAGUGUCUCUUUUUUACGGGACCACUGACCGCCCUCGAACAGGUCCGCGCUGUGCGUACGGCACACAGUGUUGGGAAGGAGGCUGUGAUGGUGCUCGUUGUCGCCGAGGAGGCGGGUGUGACGCUGACUCGCUUGGGCGGUGGUCGUGCUGCACCGGAAGUUGCACACCGUCGAAAAAUCCGUCGAAAGGAGUGA